CUUGCGUCCCUGAAAAGUUUUAUCAAUGCCCUGACAUUAUGUCUCUCUAUAACUAUAACAAAACAGGCUGUGAAUACAUACUACCCCUUGUCAACCUCUAGUCCCAUUAUUUUUCCCGAGCGAAUAAACUAAAUAAAAAUAAAAGUACCCAGGAUAAAUUGAGUGUCAUCUUCAAGUGGUCAUCACUCUAUUUCACAGUGUUCGCGGUCCAUGUUACAUUUUUCCCUGGAUGUUCAAUGUGGCGCCUUUGGAAGGUUAUAGAUUAACGUUUUGGGGUGUGGCAUUGUAAUUUCAUCAAAACAAAAUCACCGACUGACCUACCGAUUGUUUACAAUGCAUCCAGAAUUCAUGAUUGAACGUUUGAUUUAUUCAGUAGUGAUUCAGUCGCCAGUUGUGUUUCAUUGUUAUAUCGAGUCAUCCAUGAGCUGCAACAGCUGAGAAAAGUGAUUACAACGUGAAAUAGUUACUCUAAAAAAUCAUAACUCAAUGAUCAUCAGUUUUGAAAUUAAAUAAGUGAAUGAAACCCAGAAAAACAUGUAAAAUAGAUAAUGAAAGAGUGAUGCCUUUGGUGGACAUUCGAGUGACAUAUAGUGUUUAGUUUUGUCUGGUUUUCCCCUCCAAGAUCUUGUUUCUUCACUCUAUUUUUUUUUCUCCCAACUAUUUAAUUUUUUUCCUCCGAAUUUAUCGGAGGGUACUAAUCCCUCAUUCGAAGUUUCAUGAUAACCAGAGACUUAAAAAUCCAGUGGGAUGUUGAACGCCAUCACUCCCACACACCAGGAGUCAACCGAGAUGUCUCGGUUGGCAGAUUAUUUCGUGGUCGUUGGUUACGACCACGAUAAAGAACGUGGUGGAAUAAGCAAUGGAACAGUUGUCCAAAGAUUUCCACAGAAGGAUUGGUCUGACACACCCUUCAUCGAGGGAAUCGAGUGGUUCUGUCAGCCCCAGGGGUGGGCACUGUCCACAGAACGUCAGGAGCCAAGAUUUUUUGUCUCCAUUUUAACAGACAUCGAUGCAAAUCGUCAUUACUGCGCCUGUAUGUGUUUCAAUGAGACAGUUUCAAUUCUCCCUAGCAAGCCAGUUGACGAGGAAGAGGAACCAGUGGAUGGAAACAGUCGAGCUCUCGUCAGGAGUAUUCCAACAAUAGCUCAUCACAGCAUAAUGUAUGCACCAAAGUGUCUGGUGCUUGUAUCAAGACUCGACUACAUCGAGACAUUUAGAAAUUGUCUGGGAAUAAUCUACACUGUUUAUGUUGAGAAUCUGGGUAUUCCCCUGGAGACCCUCGUGGGUAAUAUCCUGGGUUGCAUUCAGGUACCACCAGCUGGAGGUCCCCAGGUGCGUUUCAGCAUUGGUGCAGGUGACAGACAGGCCCUGCAACCACCGAUCAGUCCAUCUCUUCCAAUUACUCACACAAGUGUUAAUUUACUCUUCCAACAGCUGGGAAUUCGCAAUGUCUUGGUACUUUUUUCCGCUGUUAUGACAGAGCACAAGAUUCUCUUUCACUCUGCGAGUUAUUCACGUCUCACCGAGGGCUGUCGAGCUCUUACUGCCCUGAUGUAUCCUUUCAGAUACACUCACGUCUACAUUCCACUGCUGCCUGCUGCCCUCGUAGAGAUCCUCAGCACUCCCACACCAUUUAUCAUGGGGGUUCACAGUUCUCUCAAGCAAGAGGUCUCAGAGCUGAUGGACGUUAUCGUAGCAGAUCUUGAUGGUGGCUCUAUAACGGUUCCCGAUGGUGUAUCAUUGGCUCUUCUACCUGAACCCCUUCUCUCACAGACUCAGGACCAUCUGUCACUGGUACUUCAGCCUGAGCUCAUCUGUGCUGAUUAUGCUUUUCCUCCACUGGCAACCAGGGCCCCCCAUCCACCGAUGCUCGAUAAAGAACUCAGAGCUGUUUUCAUGAGGACCUUUGCCCAACUCCUACAGGGAUACAGAAGUUGCCUGACACUCAUACGAAUUCAUCCACGACCAGUUAUAACAUUUCACAAGGCUGCCUUUCUUGGGGAGCGAGGACUCACAGACUGUGACUUCACAAUACGAGUUCUCGACUGCAUGUUCUUCACGUCAUUUGUCGCUGAGAGAGGCCCCCCAUGGCGACCUUGUGACGUCUGGGACGAACUCUACUCCAACAUAAGUGAUCAAUUGAAACAGGAGUCCCAGGAUCAUCGACUCAUUCUCACUCACAUCCAGGAAUUAGCACAGCACUUGUACACCAAUGAGAAUCCCAAUCCACAGCCAUACGUUCAAAAAAUUCUUAAACCACCUGACGGUGCAUUCACCAGGAUUCAUCAACCCCAAUUGCCUGUUAUAAAUCCUGAACAGGUGCAGGCUAUUAUUGACGAGGGAUUGGCGAAGAAUAAUCUCAAAGUCAGACUGACUGGUCUGAGACCUAGCCAACCAAGAAUAGUGCCAUCUGGUCCUCACAUAUCCAUUGUACAUGACACAAGGCAUUUAGUAAGUAAUUCAGCGCGUAGAUUAGAGGUACUGAGGAACUGUGUGAAUUGUAUAUUCGAGAAUAAGAUAUCAGAUGCCAGAAAGACAUUUCCAGCUGUACUCAGGGCACUAAAGAGCAAAGCUGCGAGACUGGCACUUUGUAUGGAAUUUUCACAGCACGUUGUGGGAAAUAAAGCGAUGCUUGAGCACCAGCAGUUCGAUCUCGUUGUUAGACUGAUGAAUUGUGCUCUUCAGGAUGAUUCAUCGAUGGAUGAGCACGGCGUUGCUGCUGCUCUUUUACCACUUGCCACAGCUUUCUGCAGAAAACUCUGCACUGGGGUCAUACAGUUCGCUUAUACCUGCAUUCAGGAACAUGCAGUAUGGCAGAAUCAGCAGUUCUGGGAGGAUGCAUUCUACCAGGACGUGCAGAAGGACAUCAAGAGGCUUUAUUUACCCGGUGAUAAUCUCAAAUUCAUCACUGAUGGAAUAGUAAGCCCUAUCAGCCCCAGGGAUGGAAAGGAUAAGGAGUUUCCAUUUAAUGACAGAAGAUCUAUAUACAGGAGUCAGGAGCCAUCUGCUUUGGAAAUAGCUGCCGAGCAGAUGAGGCUGUGGGCUGGCAUCGAUGGUGAGAAACAGAAGGAACUUGUUACGAGUGAGGAGAGCACUUUGUACAGUCAAGCCAUUCAUUAUGCCAAUCGCAUGGUUUAUCUUCUCGUACCUCUUGAUAUUGGGGCCAAAGCCCACAGGCAGGAUCACGUCUGCGAUGACGAGAGGGCGAGCAAUAGUAUUACUAAUAGCGAUGUUUUUGUUCCGCGGAACAGCGUGGCGAGCGACAGUGGAGAUGCUGAAUCAGGUUUCGAGGAGACUGAUCCUGGAGAGACUGGAAGUGCUGUUAUCAGGAUGGUAUCUAGAUUUGUGGACAGGGUAUGCACUGAGGGUGGAGUUAGUACUGAGCAUGUCAGAUGUCUACAUCAGAUGGUACCUGGGGUUGUGCACAUGCACAUUGAGACCCUCGAGGCUGUGCACAGAGAGAGCAAAACAUUGCCACCCAUACAGAAACCCAAGAUCCUGACCCCGAACAUGCUCCCAGGAGAAGAGGUGAUAAUGGACGGACUGCGAGUGUAUCUCCUUCCCGAUGGUCGAGAAGAGACGAUCGGAGGUCUUGCAAGGACUCCCCCACUGCUCCCAGCCGAGGGUGCAAUAUUCCUGACAAAUUACCGUAUAGUUUUCAAAGGAAUUCCCUGCGACCCCUUCGCCUGCGAGCAGAUGGUGGUUCGUGCAUUUCCAGUGACAUCCCUGACGAAAGAAAAACGUGUAUCAGUGCAAAACCUGGCACACCUGGACCAGUGCAUGCAGGAGGGUCUCCAACUGCGUUCCUGUACAUUUCAGCUGAUAAAACUGGCAUUCGACGAGGAAGUCACACCCGAGAACAUCGACACCCUUCGGAAAUUGAUCCACAAGGCGCGUUAUCCUCCCCACAUAUUCCAUCACUUCGCCUUCAACGGUCAGAUGUUCGUUACACCGACGGCCCAUAACAAGGGAAAAGAGAAGAACGCGACCCUCAAGGGCUUCGCCAAGAAGACACUUCUGAAAACAGCGAGAAAAGCUGGGUUCAAGCCAAAACAAUCAUCAAAACGUCAGAAGUACGUUCUCCCAAAUAUGAAUGUAAACCUCAAGAUCAAUGUGACGAAUACCAACAACAAAUACCUGACAUCACCAGGAAGAAUGAGCCUUCCAGUGUCAAAUGACACAAACGAUCUGAGUCAUGACGAUGAUUUGAGUAUCGACGAGUUCGAGAUAUCAAAUAUUGCCUGUCAGCCACCCACAGACGCUAAAACUCUCGAGCGUUUAUCAGAGAGAAGUUACGUGAGGGAUUGGUACAGACUGGGCCUCUGUCCCAAUGGCAUAGAGUACGAUAAACGAAGAAACGAGCCCUUUAGGCUUACCUCAGUCAACUGUGCCUACAUGAUCUGCAGGAGUUAUCCGGCUCUUCUUGUUGUGCCAACAGGUGUCAGUGACGAGAGCAUCAGGAGAUUCUGCAGACUCUACAGGCAUUCCAGACUCCCGGUGAUCACGUGGAAGCACCCCAGGACGAAAGCUCUACUGAUCAGAGGAGCUGGUUGUCACGGAAAAGGUGUCAUGGGGAUGCUGAAGGCUCAUCCAUCCUCUGGGAGUAAUCUCAAGACGACAUCCUCUGAAUCAACUUCUACACUGGAGCAGGAAAAGUACCUGAUGUCACUGGUGUCGUCCACUCCUUUAUCAGUUCUCAGACAGGGUUCUACUGCUUGGGGAAUGUCAGACAGUUCCCUGAGUAUUGACUCUCUGUUGUUAACUGCUGAUGAGAGGAAUUGCAGUGGUACUCCAGAACAGACCAGGAGAAGUGUCUUCAACAAAAAUCCAGUUGCUGGAACGCUGGGAUCUUCUGCUGGAAAAGGUGGAAAGAAUUUUGGGAGAUGGGGCUCGCUGAAGGACAAACGUCACUCCUCCCAGGCAUCAUUGACCUCAGCUAAUCAGAGAGGAACUGUCAGGCACUCAGCUGAUUCUGACAGUGGUACUGAGUGUGUUCACACAUUCCAGAGGGCUGCACUCUACAUUCUGGGGGAGAAAGCCAACAUGAGGGGAGUGAUGAAGGCCGAGUCGUCAGCCCCAAAGACAGAUUUCAUUCCUGUUGAUUACUUUGAUAUAAGACACACGAAAACCUCUUUCAAGAAGCUCAUGCGAGCUUGCAUGCCGAGUUCUCAGAAUCCCGAGCCAGAUCAGAGCUUUUAUAAACUCAUUGAGAGCUCUGAGUGGCUGCAACAGCUGCAGAAUCUCAUGCAGCUAUCAGGUGCUGUGAUUGAUCUGAUGGAUGUCCAGGGAUCGUCAGUUGCUGUCUGCCUUGAGGAUGGCUGGGAUGCAACGACAACUGUCUGCUCAGUUGCUCAGGUCUGCCUGGAUCCUCACUACAGGACAAUCGAUGGAUUCAGAACACUAAUCGAAAAAGAGUGGCUUGGUUUUGGCUAUCGCUUUAGCCACAGGAGCAAUCUAUCAGCAAACUCACAAGUCACCAAUUUCACACCAACUUUUCUCCAGUUUCUAGAUAUAAUUCAUCAAAUUCAGCAGCAGUUUCCGAUGGCCUUUGAGUUCAACGACUACUACUUACGAUUUUUGGCGUAUCACUCAGUCUCCUGCAGGUUCAGGACAUUUCUUCUCGAUUGUGAAUUCGACAGGGUAGAGUGUGGUAUCACAGCUAUUGAGGACAAAAGGGGAUCACUCACCAGUUAUCACAAGGGCGUUGACACUGGUAGUGAUGAUGAAAUUGUUUAUCCAGGUGGUCGUCUUGCUACGAGCAAUAAUAGUGGCUCUAAUUUGGGCCAGAGUAUAUUUGAUUACAUCGAGAAGCAACACACGAGAUCUGCACUCUUCUACAAUUUUCUGUACACACCGAAUUCUGAACAUCCAGUUCUCAGGCCUGUGUCCCAUCUGCCUAGUCUCGAUAUCUGGCAGUAUUACCUCGAGGAGGAGCUCGCCCAUGGGCCACCCUACGAUCUUGAAGUACUCCAGCAGGAUUCACAGCAGGAGGAGGAGGCAGAGGCUGCUGAUGGCAUCAUCGAGAAGAGCAAUAGGAAAAUUGUUACUCAGGGACAUGAUUCUAUCCAGGCAAUGGUCCCUGAUCAGUUCUCUCAUCUUCUUGAGGAGAUCCACAAGCUGGAGACCGAGCUUGGACAUUUACCCCAGAAGUGGAGAGUCCUGUGGGAGAAACUCGAACUGCCAAAUACGGAUUCUCUAGCGAGAAAUGGCAGUUUCAGUACUGCCCUCGUCAGGUAUCAUGGCAGGCUCAUCCACAAGAGAUCCACCCUCGAGCUCAUCCUCAGGGGAAAAAUGGCUGGAGGUGGAAGUGGAAAUAAUAAUAAUGAAGCAAGUGUUUACGCUCAUCCUCACAGGUUUGAAAGACUCGAUACUGCAACACCAACUCACUGUGACGCGUGCUCUGGAGUUCUCUGGGGUCCAGUCAAGGCUGGACUCAGGUGUGUUGACUGUGGACAUGUCUGUCAUGACAAGUGCGCUGAUGCUGUACCCAAGAAUUGUACUAAAUACAAAGCAGUGACAAAUAAUGUUCAGACACACACAUUGACAAGAUCUGGUGGGGACAAUGGAAGUGUCAACUCUGGGAGCACAAUGCAAACGUCUUCUCAGCAGUAUUAUGAGCAGUUCUCCAGUAAUGUUGCGGAGAAUAGGACCCACGAGGGAUAUCUCUACAAGCGAGGGGCCCUUUUGAAGGGCUGGAAGCAGAGGUGGUUCGUUCUUGACUCCAUUAAACAUGAACUUAGGUAUUAUGACGCCAUGGAGGAUUCCCACUGCAAGGGCUACAUCGAUUUGGCUGAAGUGGUAUCAGUAACACCAGCAUCGCCUACACCGGGACCACCAAAGAAAACUGAUGACAAAUCAUUUUUUGAUCUCCGCACAAACAGACGGACGUACAAUUUCUGUGCAAGUGAUGCAGCGAUAGCUCAGGAGUGGAUUGAAAAGGUUCAAGCGUGUCUGCAGUAGUCUAAUAUCGAUUAAUUGCAUCUGUACCGGAUUAAAUACUUUAUUAAGAUUUAAAAAUUGAGAAAAAAAAACGCUAUGGAUUAUAUAUUGAGCGUCACCAAAGCUCGUUAUGUUCGCGCAAGUGACUGAUAGGAUAAUUAAAACAACUACGACUAGGAAAACUGAAGAGAAACAAAUGUUUAGGAGAAGAUAAUGCAUCAAUUUUGUUACAUAAUUUUUGUAUAGCUUCAUUCCUUUCCGACGAUAUGAUAUAUUCAUAUAUCAAACGAAAUAGCACGUAAAAUUACACUAAGAUUAUUGUUUGUACAUCUUAUGAUUAAUGGAAAUGUGUUGAAUACAGUUAUUUAUUUGAUUCAUUGAAUUUAUUACGGUGGAGAGAUGAAUGUGAACGCUUAGGGUUUCUACGAGAGCCGGGCUUAUAUUAUUUCAAUUUGUGUUAUAGCAAUGUUGACGUAUAUCAGAUUAUUAUGAAUAUGGAAUUUAAAUAAAAAAUAGUCGAGCAAGA